AGAAAUUCAGAUGAUGUAAGAGUGAGCCUACCAGUGGGAACUUCGAUGAACUGGAAGGUAAACAAGUUCAUUACAGUGGAGAUUUCUGGGCACUUUGCCAUCACCUUGGUCUACAAAUGGCAUCCUCAAAGCCUAAAGCUAUCUCUGGCACCUGUGGAAUGCAAGCUUUUCCAUCAAUGCUUACCUGAGGAGCAAUGGAGGGAUGGAAGAAGAAAACAGACAUGCCCACCCUCAUAAAACAUCUUGAAGAGAAGAGAUGAAGGACCCUCUUUCUAUAGAAAUCUGAGGAGAUGAAGAUAAGGUCUUCACGUAAUAAAAAAAAAAAAAAACUGGCUGAGCUUCCAAGACAAUUAAUAAACAGGCCUCCUCUUCCUCUCACUGAGAGCAAGGAUACAUGGUUCGCCUCCCAGCUGCUUUGUCCUGUGGUCCUCAGCAGGACAUUGUGUGGGAAGGAAGGGGGAACACGCCAAUGUGGCACUUACAGCAUCCCCAAAGUGACAGACCUGGAGUAUGAUCACCUUAUAGGCACCCAGCUGUCCUCGGUGGAUCAGGUCAUUAUAGUCCACGUGACCUCAGCUAAGGAAAUGGACAAGACUAUAAAAGAAAUGGCCACAGUCUAUAGGAACUUGAGCAGAUCCAAAAGCAUGCCUUGCAUUCAGAGUUGUUCAGAUCCCUUUCAAUUGCUCAAAUACAACAUCACCUCUGCAUCUAAAUUUACUGGCAACAGUUGCCCAUUUCUGGUUCAAAGGCACAAUGUCAUUCCAGGAAUUUUUUGGGCAAGUGUGCCUGAGAGCCAGAACAGCAGUAGUCUUCUGCCUUCCCUGCAGAAGACCAGGACUAAAUACACCCCUCUUGCACUGACCAAGUCCACUGCUGCAAAACUUUAG